AUGACUUCCUCCACUGUCGCCGCCGCCACCGCCGCCGCCGCUCGCGUCGCACAAGCUCCUUCCACCGCCGCUCUCAAUGCGGUUGCUCCUUUCGUCGUCACACGAGCUCUCUCGGUCGUGCUCUUGUCUCACGAGCUCCCUCCACUGCCGCUCUCGCGCUGCUUCUUCUCUCCUCGCCGGAAGGCUGGGAAUGGGAAACUUGUAGUUGUGGACUCCAAUGAUCAAACUAAGCUUAAACAUGAGGAUAAGAAGGUUCUCGUUGGGAGCGAGCAAGGUCCUAUGCAGCUUUGGAACAUUAGCACAAAGAAAAAGAUAUUUGAGUUUAAGGGAUGGGAUUCACCGAUCACCUGUUGUGUUUCCUCCCCUGCUCUAGAUGUCGUUGCAGUUGGGUGUGCAGAUGGAAGCAUUCAUGUUCAUAACAUUCGUUAUGAUAAAGAAUUGGUUACAUUUACACAUUCUACACGAGGUUCUGUCACUGCCUUAUCUUUCUGCACUGAUGGAAAACCCCUUCUAGCCUCUGGAGGUUCAUCAGGUGUCAUAAGCGUAUGGAAUCUGGAAAAGAAAAGGCUUCAGUCAGUUGUAAAAGAGGCUCAUGAUAGUGUGAUCACAUCACUACAUUUUUUUGCAAAUGAGCCAGUGCUUAUGAGUUCUUCAGCAGAUAAUUCUAUUAAGAUGUCUUAUAGAAGUAGUAUGUGA